AUGGUAAUUGUUGCUAUUUCCAGGAUCCCAGCCUCGCAGAGUGGCACAAAACUGGAGCUGGAGUUGGACCAGAAGGACGAACUGAUACAGAAGCUGCAGAACGAGCUGGACAAGUACCGCUCGGUGAUCCGGCCCGCCACCCAGCAGGCGCAGCAGCAGAGCGCCGGCACCUUGCAGGGGGAGCAGAGGACCAAGCGGCAGGCGAUCUCGGCCGAGCCCACCGCCUUUGACAUCCAGGACCUCUCCAAUGCCAGGUUGCCCCCGGGGUCCCCCGCGUCCAAGGAGCUAAUAAAGGAGGCGAUCCUUGACAAUGACUUCAUGAAGAAUCUGGAACUGUCUCAGAUCCAGGAGAUUGUGGAUUGUAUGUAUCCCGUGGAGUAUGGCAAAGACAGCUGCAUCAUCAAGGAAGGAGAUGUGGGUUCCCUGGUGUAUGUCAUGGAAGAUGGGAAGGUUGAAGUGACAAAAGAAGGCGUGAAGCUGUGCACCAUGGGACCUGGCAAGGUCUUUGGGGAGUUGGCCAUCCUCUACAACUGCACCCGAACGGCAACUGUGAAAACUCUCGUAAAUGUGAAACUUUGGGCUAUUGAUCGGCAAUGUUUUCAAACAAUAAUGAUGAGGACAGGCCUCAUCAAGCAUACUGAGUAUAUGGAAUUUUUAAAAAGUGUGCCCACAUUCCAGAGCCUUCCUGAGGAGAUACUUAGUAAGCUUGCAGAUGUCCUUGAAGAGACACAUUACGAAAGCGGAGAGUAUAUUAUACGACAGGGUGCCCGAGGGGACACUUUCUUUAUAAUCAGCAAAGGAAAGGUGAAUGUCACUCGUGAAGACUCCCCCAGUGAAGAUCCAGUCUUUCUCCGCACUUUGGGGAAAGGAGAUUGGUUUGGAGAAAAAGCCCUUCAAGGGGAGGAUGUCAGAACGGCCAACGUCAUUGCGGCUGAAGCGGUAACUUGCCUGGUCAUAGACAGAGACUCCUUCAAACACCUGAUCGGCGGCCUAGAUGACGUUUCCAAUAAAGCCUAUGAAGAUGCAGAAGCAAAAGCAAAAUACGAAGCCGAAGCUGCCUUCUUCGCCAACCUGAAACUGUCUGAUUUCAACAUCAUUGACACCCUUGGAGUCGGAGGGUUUGGACGAGUUGAGCUGGUCCAGUUGAAAAGCGAAGAGUCGAAAACGUUUGCCAUGAAAAUACUGAAGAAACGUCACAUAGUGGACACGAGGCAGCAGGAGCACAUCCGCUCGGAGAAGCAGAUCAUGCAGAGCGCACACUCGGACUUCAUCGUGAGGCUCUACAGGACGUUCAAGGACAGCAAGUACCUGUACAUGCUGAUGGAAGCCUGUCUGGGUGGAGAGCUCUGGACAAUUCUCAGGGACAGAGGUUCGUUUGAGGAUUCGACAACCAGGUUUUACACGGCGUGCGUGGUUGAAGCUUUUGCCUAUUUGCAUUCCAAAGGGAUCAUUUAUAGGGACCUCAAGCCAGAAAACCUCAUUCUGGAUCAUCGAGGUUACGCCAAACUGGUCGAUUUUGGCUUUGCAAAGAAAAUAGGAUUUGGAAAGAAAACAUGGACUUUUUGUGGCACCCCGGAGUACGUAGCCCCCGAGAUCAUCCUGAACAAAGGUCACGACAUUUCGGCAGACUACUGGUCACUGGGAAUCUUAAUGUAUGAGCUCCUGACUGGCAGUCCCCCUUUCUCAGGCCCCGACCCCAUGAAGACCUAUAACAUCAUAUUAAGGGGAAUAGACAUGAUUGAAUUUCCAAAGAAGAUUGCCAAAAAUGCUGCUAAUUUAAUUAAAAAACUAUGCAGGGACAAUCCAUCAGAAAGAUUAGGCAACUUGAAAAACGGCGUGAAAGAUAUCCAAAAGCACAAGUGGUUUGAAGGCUUUAACUGGGAAGGGUUGCGAAAAGGGACGCUGACACCUCCUAUAAUACCAAGUGUUGCAUCUCCAACAGACACAAGCAAUUUUGACAGCUUCCCGGAGGACAGUGACGAACCACCCCCUGACGACAACUCAGGAUGGGACAUAGAUUUUUAA